CGCUUCCCAAAACCACUCUCUACAAUAACUUUCAUACACACACACUCUCUCUCUCUCUCAACCUUCGAGAACCCUUUUGUGUUCUGUCCUGUAUAUAUACCACCACCUCAACACUCUUCUCCUUCCAUCUUCUCUUCCAUUUUCCAACCUCAACUCACCCCACACCUACUUUUGUUCCAAGUCUCAAACCCCAUCACCGCAAACAUUAACAACUCAUCACAUCAAGGAGGUAGAGUCACUGAAUACAGUAAAGUCUCAGGCUUGAGAGAGUGGAAGUGAUCCAGAAGCCAAAAAAAUGGCAUCGGAUAAGGUGGUGGAAACUGUAAUAGCAGGGAACUACGUGGAAAUGGAAACCGAAGGACAACCGAAGGACGUAAAAUCACGGUUGUCUAGCUUCUUGUGGCACGGUGGUUCUGUUUAUGAUGCUUGGUUCAGCUGUGCUUCCAACCAGGUUGCUCAAGUGCUGCUCACGCUGCCAUACUCAUUUUCCCAGCUGGGAAUGCUUUCAGGCAUUCUUUUUCAACUCUUCUACGGUUUACUCGGUAGCUGGACGGCUUACCUCAUUAGCAUACUCUACGUUGAAUACAGAACAAGAAAAGAGAGAGAAAAAGUUAACUUCAGAAACCAUGUCAUCCAGUGGUUUGAAGUUCUUGACGGGCUCCUCGGGAAGCACUGGAGAAACGUGGGUUUGGCCUUUAACUGCACAUUUCUUCUGUUUGGAUCUGUGAUACAACUGAUAGCUUGUGCAAGCAACAUAUAUUACAUAAAUGACAACCUGGACAAGAGGACUUGGACUUACAUCUUCGGAGCUUGCUGUGCCACCACUGUCUUUAUUCCCUCCUUUCACAACUACAGAAUCUGGUCCUUUUUGGGCCUCCUCAUGACCACUUACACUGCUUGGUACCUCACUGUUGCAUCUCUCCUUAACGGUCAGAUGGAGGGAGUUAAGCAUUCGGGUCCGACCAGAUUGGUUCUAUAUUUUACGGGGGCCACAAACAUUCUCUACACAUUCGGGGGACAUGCUGUUACUGUGGAGAUAAUGCACGCGAUGUGGAAACCUCAAAAGUUCAAGGCUAUAUAUUUAUUGGCAACCCUGUAUGUGCUGACACUGACGCUUCCAUCUGCAGCAGCAGUGUAUUGGGCAUUCGGAGACAUGCUUCUCAAUCACUCCAAUGCUUUUGCUCUUCUUCCAAAAUCACCCUUCCGUGACAUGGCUGUCAUCUUAAUGCUCAUCCACCAGUUUAUAACAUUCGGGUUUGCAUGCACCCCAUUAUACUUUGUGUGGGAGAAAGCAAUAGGAAUGCAUGAGUGCAAGAGCUUAUGCAAACGUGCUUUGGUGAGAUUACCAGUGGUGAUACCUAUAUGGUUUUUGGCCAUCAUAUUCCCUUUCUUUGGUCCCAUCAACUCAACCGUUGGAUCUCUCCUUGUCAGCUUCACCGUUUACAUCAUCCCUGCUCUCGCUCACAUCUUCACCUUCAAAUCAUCCUCUGCCAGACAGAAUGCGGUGGAACAACCUCCCAAGUUUGUUGGAAGAUGGGUUGGAAGCUUUAUCAUAAACUCAUUUGUGGUUGUGUGGGUGCUUGUGGUAGGGUUUGGAUUUGGUGGGUGGGCCAGCAUGGUUAACUUCAUACACCAGAUUGACACCUUUGGACUCUUCACUAAGUGUUACCAAUGCCCUCCACCGCUUCUGCCACCUCUGCCGCCGCAACAGCUCAACGCCACCGCGCCUUCGCCGCUUCGCCACCCUCAUCACGGCCACUGAGCUUUGCGUUGCACUCUUCAAGUUGAAACUCGAAGCCACGCUGAAAUGAUUAACUGUGAUUGUUGAUGUGAAGAAUUAUAGAGUUGGAUCACAUUCUGAAUUUAGUAAUGUACUUGCCAUGCCAUAACGAUAUAAUGUAUUCUUCUUCCAUUUUGCUUCA